AUGAAGAAGUUCAAAUGUUGUUUUAAAUACCCACUACAACAAAAAGUUUUCAUCCUGUUUUUAACUCUAUGGCUGUUCUCCAUAUUAAAACUUCUAAAUGUGAGAAGACUCCUCUUCCCUCAAAGAGGCAUUUAUUUGGUUGAAUACUCCUUAAGUACCUCACCUUUUGUAAGAAACAGAUAUACUCAUGUGAAAUAUGAGGGCAGAUAUGAAGUUAACUGUUCAGGUGUCUAUGAACAGGAGCCUUUGGAAAUUGGCAAGAGUCUGGAAAUAAGAAGAAGAGAUAUCAUCGACUUGGAUGAUGAAGAUGUUGUGGCCAUAACGAGUGAUUGUGAGGUUUAUCAGACCAUAAGAAGGUACCAUCAAAAGCUUGUUUCAAGGGAGGAGAAAAGAUUCCCAAUAGCCUAUUCUUUGGUUGUUCACAAAGACGCCAUUAUGGUUGAAAGGCUUAUCCAUGCUAUAUACAACCAUCACAAUAUCUAUUGCAUCCAUUAUGACCACAAAUCACCUGAUACCUUCAAAUUUGCCAUGAACAACUUAGCUAAGUGCUUCUCCAAUAUUUUCAUUGCUUCCAAAUUAGAAGCUGUGGAAUAUGCCCACAUUUCCAGGCUCCAAGCUGAUUUAAAUUGCUUGUCAGACCUUCUUAAGUCUUCAGUGCAAUGGAAAUAUGUUAUCAACCUGUGUGGGCAAGAUUUCCCUUUGAAAUCAAACUUUGAAUUAGUGUCAGAGUUGAAGAAACUUGAUGGAGCGAACAUGCUGGAGACGGUGAAACCACCAGACAGUAAAAAGGAAAGAUUCACUUACCACCAUGAACUCAGACAUGUGCCUUAUGAAUAUGUGAAGCUACCAAUAAGGACAAACAUCUCCAAGGAAGCACCUCCCCAUAAUAUUGAGAUAUUUGUUGGCAGUGCUUAUUUUGUUUUAAGUCGACCAUUUGUUAAGUAUGUUUUCAACAGUUCCCUCGUUAAAGACUUUAUUGUCUGGUCUAAAGAUACAUACUCACCUGAUGAGCAUUUUUGGGCAACCUUAAUUCGGGUACCAGGAAUACCUGGAGAGAUUUCCAGGACCGCACAGGAUGUGUCUGACCUACAGAGUAAGACCCGCCUUGUCAAAUGGAAUUAUCAUGAAGGCCUUCUCUAUCCCAGUUGUACUGGCUCUCACCUCCGAAGUGUAUGUAUCUAUGGAGCAGCAGAAUUAAGGUGGCUUAUAAAAGAUGGACAUUGGUUUGCUAAUAAAUUUGACUCUAAGGUAGACCCUGUGUUGAUUAAAUGUUUAGCAGAAAAGCUUGAAGAACAACAAAGAGAAUGGAUCACUUUGUCUUCAGAAAAGGUAUUUAUGUAUAAAAAUCCCACAGUCCCAUCAUUAUAG